GGCGCUGGCCAGACCUCCAGUCCGGUCACGGGGUUUUUCCGAACGCCGACAAGAAUUUCUCGUCCAGGGUUAAGGCAUCACCGAUUAGCACAGUACAGUGCAGUGCAGCUUCGCGUUAAGCUCCAUUCACCGCGUAUCAAGCUCUUUCUUUAAUCCAACCAAACAUGUCCGCCAUAUUCGAGGCUCCCCGGAAUGCCGGAACACUAUUCCUGGGUGGUACCAAGAUCAGUGGACAGGACAUCCGAGACCAGAACGUCCAAGCGACGCAAGCCAUUGCAAAUGUGGUCAAAUCGUCAUUCGGCCCGUCCGGGUUGGAUAAGAUGAUGGUGGAUGAUAUUGGAGAGGUGACCGUGACCAACGACGGGGCUACCAUCCUCAGCCUCCUCGACAUCGAACACCCUGCCGGCAAGAUAUUAGUCGAGCUGGCCCACCAGCAAGACCGGGAAGUCGGAGAUGGGACCACCUCCGUCGUGCUGAUUGCGGCGGAGCUGUUGAAACGGGCGAACGAGCUCAUGAAGAACCGAAUACAUCCUACAACCAUCAUCACCGGAUACCGGCUGGCAUUGAGGGAAGCGGUACGAUUCAUGUCGGAGAACAUCAGCAUCAAGGUCGAGAACCUAGGCCGUGACUCGCUCGUUAACAUUGCCAAAACCUCCAUGUCCAGCAAAAUCAUCGGCUCCGACUCCGAUUUCUUCGCCAACAUGGUGGUCGACGCCAUGCAAGCCGUGCGGACCAACGCCGCCAAGAACGAGGUCAAAUACCCCGUCAAGGCCGUCAACAUCCUCAAAUCCCACGGCCAGUCCGCCACCGAAUCCCUCCUCGUCAAGGGCUACGCUCUCAACUGCACCGUCGCCUCGCAGGCCAUGAAGACCCGCAUCCCCGACGCCCGCAUCGCCUGUCUCGACAUGAACUUGCAGAAGGAGCGCAUGAAGCUCGGCGUGCAGAUCACCGUCGACGACCCGCAGCAGCUCGAGAAGAUCCGUGAGCGCGAGUCUGGCAUCGUGCUGGAGCGCGUCGAGAUGAUCCUCAAGUCCGGCGCCAACGUGGUCAUGACCACUAAGGGCAUCGACGACAUGUGCAUGAAGCUGUUCAUCGAGCGCGGCGCCAUGGCCGUCCGCCGAUGCAAGAAGGAGGACCUACGGAGAAUCGCGAAGGCCACCGGCGCCACCCUGGUGAGCUCGCUGUCCGACCUGAACGGCGACGAGAAGUUCGACGCCAGCGCCCUGGGCAUGGCCGAGGAAGUCGUGCAGGAGCGCAUCUCCGACGACGAGUGCAUCCUGGUCAAGGGCACCAAGACCCAUCCCUCCGCCUCCAUCAUCCUGCGCGGACCCAACGAGUACGCCCUCGACGAGAUGGAGCGCUCCGUGCACGACGCCCUGUCCGCCGUCAAGCGCACCCUAGAAAGCGGCCGCAUCGUCCCCGGCGGCGGCGCCACCGAGACGGCCCUCCACAUCUACCUCGAAGAAUGGGCCCGCUCCGUCGGCUCCCGCGAACAACUCCCCAUCGCCACCUUCGCCACCGCCCUCCUCGCCGUUCCCCACACCCUCGCCAUCAACGCCGCCCUCGACUCCUCCGAGCUCGUCUCCCAGCUCCGCUCGCGCCACGCCCUCUCUCAACGCACCGCCGACGCCGCCCCCGUCCCCGCCGCCGCCCAACAAGCCGCCCGCGACGCCGGCGCCGCCGCCACCGCCGAGGAAAAACUCCUCGCGAAGAAGAAGAACUACAAGUACUACGGCCUCGAUCUGAGCACGGGCCGGGUCGCCGAUAUGGUGAAGUUGGGGGUGAUGGAGCCGAGCAUGAGUAAGGUGAAGCAGUUGAAGAGCGCCGUGGAGGCGUGCGUGGCCAUCAUGCGGAUCGAUACGUUGAUUAAGUUGGAUCCGGAGCAGCGCGGCGAGGAGGACGAUGGACAUGGGCAUUAAACGGAAAAAAGGAUGCGGGAAUUGGCGUUUUUCAGAGGGAUGGGAUGAGCAUCUGUAGAUAGAUACCAAUCGAUCGCGACGGCACGGCUCGCUUCCUUGGCAUCGACGAAUGGGCGAGUUGAUAGUCUCCCGCCACGAGGCGAAAGUGAGACGGAUCAAAAGCAUGGAAUCGUGCUUGCGCUAAUUAAGGAUAGUCGGAUAUCAUACAAGAAUUGAAAUCCUGUCGUGGAUCAAGACGUUUUCCAGCGAAGGCGUUGCAUA